AUGGCCCCGAGCAAGAUAAAGAACUUUUUCCUGCGCAAGAAAGCGGAAGCGAAGCUGAAGCUCGGUGUUGCCGGCCCGGGCCGGAAGCUCAACUCCGACGCACCACCACCACCAUCCUCGAAAGCAAGCUCCUCGAAGCAGAAGGACGCGUACGUUCCGCCGAAGCGUAACGAGCUGUCGGCGGAAGCGAAGGCGGCCGCCAACGCCGCGCUGGCCCGCUUCGAGGGGAAAGACAAGAAAGAGUUCAACACGUCGCUAGCGGCAAUUCGGGCGCAGGUGCGCAAAGAGCUCGAGGCGGAAAAGAAAGCCAAAGAGGGGGGCGGUCCCACAGGGGCCGAGCAGGAAGGGUCCGCGGAGGACGGCACCGCCCAGGAGGCACGCAAGGAUUACGCGGUGCAGGGCGUGUUCUUCCGCUGCCCAAUGAUCGGGGACGAGAUUCUCCCGUACAAGGAGUGGAAGGGCAGAAUAAAGGAGUUUCUGUACGAGCAGCUGGCGGCCGACCGGGGCCUCACCGCCUGUCUCAUCAUCUACAACUGCAAUCCCAAAGACAAGGCGGAGGUGUGCAUCGAAACGCUGUCGAAAUGCAUCGAAAACAUCAUCAACAACCCGACGGAGGAGAAGUACAAGAAGAUCCGCAUGACGAACCGGAUGUUCUGCGACAAGAUCAAGGUGUGCGAGGGUUCGCUCGACUUUCUGCACGCGGCCGGCUUCGCCGAGAUCGAGCUGGACGGCGAGCCGCACCUGAUCUGGUCGGAGGACAACAUCGAUCCGGAGUGUUCGCUGGAGGUGCUGCUGGAGGCGCUGAAAGCGGCCGAACCGAUUCCGGUCGAGCUGGACCGCAAUCUGCAGGUGCUCCUGCCGUCGCAGGUGAAGCGCAGCAACUUGCCGCCGGAUUUUUUCCGCAUCUCGCCGGAAGAGAUCAAGCGCGAGCAGCAGCUGCGCACGGAGGCGCUCGAGCAGGCGCAAAUCCUUAAAACGAAAGCGAUGCGCGAAAAGGAGGAGCUGCGCACGAUCAAUCGGUACAAGUUUUCGCUGAUCCGUGUGCGGUUCCCGAACGGGGUGUACCUGCAGGGGACGUUCAACGUGUACGAGAAGUUUGGCCAGGUGUGCGAGUUUGUGCAGUCGUGCCUGAUGCACGAGUCGGCCGAUUUUGCGCUCGUAUCGCCCGGCGGGCUGAAGUACGACGAUCCGGACGAUCUGGACCGGUCGCUGUACGAUCUGCGGCUGGUGCCGACGGUGGUGUUUAACUUUUGCUACGAAAAUGAGUCGAAGACCUUGACCGAUUUCCUGAAGGAGGAGCUGAUGCUACUGAUUCAAUCGUUUUAAAACCCGUUCCAGGGCUACGGGGGCAGCUCAAUCGCGAUGGCAUCUGUCCUCCCACCCACUGCGUGUUGCACCAUGUUAAAUUAUAUUAUUUUUAUUAUUAACCUUAUUAGCACUGCUUGGAAUGCGGGCGGAGUGCCGCGAUGUUUCCGCGUACGAAGCAGAAGUGUUUGUGUAAAGAAAACCCCUUGGCAAGGUGUGAAUAUUUGUGAUCCGUGAGGUAUAAUUGCGAAAUAAACUACCGAGUACUGAG